AUGUCCUCGUUUGAGACACCGUCAGCAGGUCUGACCGCAGCCCUUCAGGAAGAAAAGUCCGUCACCAACCCGGCGCCCGGAGAUGGCGGCGGCGCGUGCGGCCCGCGGGAGCGCCGCUCGCCCCCCGCGCUGCCCCGCGCGGCCCCGCGGGCGCGGCUGCUCGUGCGGGGCCCAGAAUUGAGCCCCGCUUGGAGAAUCGAUUGUGGCUACCGUCCUUCUUGGACUCUGGCUGGCUCCAGCCCUUGCUACAAUACUCGUGAGUAUGGUGACCAAUUACCAAAUCCCAAUGGACUCCAGCAAGUCGUAGACCAGCAGCCAUCCACAUCCAUCACCAGGCAAAUCACCGUUAAUGGACAGUUACAACUUGUGUUCAUCAACAGGCAAUGGCGCGUGGCAACUAUCGAGCAACAGGGCGGCUUCAGGUCCUGGAAAACCAUCUGGGACUACAACACCGGCUUUAUUGCAACCAAAGUGCUGCCAGAGAGAGUUUGCUACGUUUCCGUCAUGAACAGAAGCCAGAUGCCCACCUUUGAUUCACUCCCAAUGAUGGUAUCUGAUCCUCAGAACCUGCAGUUCCAAGGACAGCUGACAAGGCAGCUCACAUUCGUCACCCAGGGACUUGUCCGUGACCUCCAGGCCUAUGGAUCCAGCAUCUAUGCCAUGUGCAGAGGACUCCCAACCUACGUGGCUACUCAAGUCUAUGGUCCCCAAAACACUUUCAACCUGGGAUCAUGCAUCAGACUUGAUGUCCUGCGGCUCGUGGAGCUUAGGUACUGUCGUGCCAACAUCAAUGGCAACAUCAACGGCAACAUCAACGGCAACAUCAAUGGCAAUAUGAACAUCGGUGUCAAGGGCCUUCCUUGA